AUGUCUACCCAGUCUGGUAUUGUUGCCUCCCAGGAAUUGAUUUCCUCGUUUGCCAACUUCAUCGCCUCGAAGAGCAGAGCCUUCACUAUCAAGAUUGCCAACGAGUCACUUGUUCCCUCAGACACCAUUUCUGGCUCAUCAUCUCUUGAGCAGGACUUUAAAACCAUCAACUCCAAAUUGGCCCCUGAUCCUAAUUCCAAGACCAACUCCUGCUAUCUCUUUGUCAGAAUCAACCAGGACGCUUUGCUGUAUAUCUUUAUAAGCUUUAUCCCCGAAAAUGAAUCUGUUCGCUCAAGAAUAUUAUAUGCUUCUACCCAAAACACGCUUCUCAGAGAAUUGGGUAAUUCAAAACUAAUCUCAAAGAAAUAUCAUAUCACUGAUAUCGACGAGAUCUCAUAUGCCAACUAUAAAGAUCUCGUUCACCAAGAAAACUCUCAAUUGCCAUAUACUGAAGAUGAAUUGAUUGAAAAAGAUUUACAAAAGCUAUCCUUUUUAGGCAACUCCCCCAAACGUUUACCAUCUUUUAAUCCAAAAUCUCCCAAUUCUCAUUCCAGCUCUCAUUAUCGUUCCAGUUCUUACUCAUCUCCCAAAUCGGUCUCAAAUUUUAGUUUCCAGAUUGAUGACGAGUUAAUCGAUUUAUUGUCUCAAACCAUGGAAACUAAUCUACUAAUCAAUUGUUAUAUCGAUAUUAAAAAUGAAACUAUCAACUUGCUAGACAUCAAAAGAAACGUUUUGAUCUCAAAUUUAGUUUCAAACUUAAACAGCUCUUGCCUAUCAAAUACUCCUCAUCCAAAAUAUUCCUUCUUUUAUUACUCAAUUAAUAGGAAAUUAUCUUUCAUCUACACCUGUCCCUCUGGUUCAAAAGUCAAAGAAAGAAUGAUUUAUGCUACAAAUAAACAGGGCUUCAUCAACUCUUUAUCCUCUCAAUUGGGUUCUCUUCAUUUCGAUUUGUUGUUUGAGGUCGGGGAUACUGAUGAAAUUGAUUUAUCAAAGUUUACUUCUUCUCCUAAUUCUGCUACUUCAAGUACCUCAAGUUUUUCUAAUAACUCUACCGAUAAUUUACCAAAUUUGCCCUUAGUUGACAAUGAUAUUUCUUCUUCAACAAGAACAAUUAACAAGUUUUCCAGACCAAAAGGUCCUCGCCGUCGUUAA